GGGAGUCAGACAGGCGACAAGCAGUGCGGGGUAAAGGCUGGGAGUGAGAGGCUGAGCCAAUGAGAAGAAGACUUCCACUCCUUCUCUCCUGCCGGGCUUGGCUCACUUCGGCGCGCCCUGUAAUUAGGAGCUCCACUUGUGGCUUAGGCGCCGCCACCGUGGACCGCUUUAGGAAGGCCAGCUCCACACUCUUUUUCUUUUCUCCUCCAAACACUCGCCGGGACGUCGACAUCCUCAACAAUGAACGGGCAGCCGUCACCUGCGUUCGAGGACAAGAAGCCGAACCUCCGCGCGUCCCCGAGCCUUCCGGAGCCCUCCCCCGCAGACAUGGGCUUCUACGGCGGCCACGGGGCGCUCCAUGGCUCGCAGGAUUUUUACGCGGCGCAGCAGCCCUACUCGGCCCAGCACAUGAGCCCGUACUCGUACAGCCACUACAACCUGAACGGGAUGGUCCCGAGUGGAGCCUUCUCUUGCGGCAAAAGUGAGUACACCUACCCGCACUCGGUGUACAGAGAGCCGGGGUGCUUCAGCAGAGAGGCGCCACCAACACUGCCGGACACAGUGAAAGAAGAACCGGAAAUGGAGGUGCGGAUGGUCAACGGGAAGCCGAAGAAAGUGCGGAAGCCCCGGACUAUUUACUCCAGCUACCAGCUGGCCGUCCUGCAGAGGAGAUUCCAGUCCGCCCAGUACCUGGCCCUACCGGAGAGGGCGGAGCUUGCGGCACAGUUGGGUCUGACACAGACACAGGUGAAAAUAUGGUUCCAGAACCGUCGCUCCAAGUUCAAGAAACUCUACAAGAACGGAGAGUUUCCCCUGGGGGACAUGGCUUUGGAACACAGCCCAGAGGCCAGUGAUUCAAUGGCGUGUAACUCGCCUCCGUCCCCCGCCGCUUGGGAAAACAACACCAGCAGUAACCCCAACAACAACAACAACGACGACGACAACGACAACAACGACACGAACAGCAGCAGCAGCAUGAAGAACAACACAAUGCUGGACCCCACCAGCAGGGGGCAGGAAUCUUACCAGCCUCAGGGGGAUGACUCCUCUUCAGUCUACAUGGAUGAGUACACGCACCAGAAUUGGUACCAGCAGCAAGACACACAUUUAGGUCUGCCAGCCGCUGGCCCCGCCCACCACGCACCCCCAUCGGCACCGGCAUCCACGCAAAGCAUGGGCGCCGUUUACUGACUCCCUUACAAACACUUUCAAUGGAUCUUUCCAACUCCAACUUACUGCCCCUGAAGUGGUAAUAUAUAUUUUGUCGUACAUCGAUCCACACUGUGCCUUAAAUCACAAGCAAAACUGUAGGUAAGUACCUACUGCCCUCUAGUGGAGGAACAUUUUAAUAUUCUCCCUGCUGCCGUGCGUCACUCGCAUAGUUCCAUGACUAAGACUCAUUUUCGGACCAUUUAAGUAAAACUGGCACAGUGGUUGGGAGUCCACUGCCUUAUAAACUAUCACACGUAUUCCUGCAGUUGCCUGUAAUCUGCAUCAUUUGUAAAUAAUAAUGACACAUAUCUUUCCCUUCACAAUUUUAGGAUGAAAAUAACAUAUAUUGCAGGAUUUUACACUCGUUUUGCUUUGUCGCCUACAAUAUAACAACAAGUUAUUAACAUAGACAAACAUUGGAUGGCUUUUAGUGUCUUUCAUUUACAAAAUGUGGCAAAAAUCUUGACGCUGCAAAAAAGAGCUGUCAAAAUAUAAGAUAAGACUAGAUUUUAGGGGAACAUUUAUAAAAAAAACUAGGGAAAUGAACUGUAGCUGCAUGGACGGAUCAUUUUACUCGAUAAGACAUACAAAAUGUAUAUUUGUAUAUCGAGAAAUUAGCAGGACUUUUAAGUAUUUUAUUCUGAAAACCAGCAUUAUUUAACGUGCAAUUCUUGAAUGAAGCAUCUUCGAGAUGUCGCAGAAUCUUUGAACAAAACAUUUUUAUGUGGGGGGGAAGAAAUAUCUUAUGAGAAUAGUUAUUUUCUCAAUUUUAACAUUUUUUAAGUAGAAUAGAACAAUAUAUAUUUAUUCAUGCUGACAUUGAGAUUAGUCAGUGACUAAAAAAUAAGUAAAUAGCUCUUAAAACUAGGGACAUUUCUAGAAACAAACUUUUAAAACUUGGCACGGGGCAAAUAACUUGUACUAUAUAUCCUGGGAACUAGUGUCCACUGUAGUGGGCAUUUGUAGUUUUUUGUUUUUUUUUCCUAAAAUUUGUAACCCUGACCUUUUAGAAAUAGACCAUCAACAAACGUCCACUGGAGAAGACGCGCAGGCUAUCCACUUUCAGUUCAAAACUCGGGAUAAUCUAAUUUUGUACAGCUGAUUCCUUAAAGCACGAUAGCGCUGUUUGUUGUAUAGAUGAUCUUUGACAGUACUCCUGAUAUUGAGAGGAACAUGGACCAGGACAUGUUGCUGUUUGAAUUGAUGAAUCGCUAUUUGGUGAAGUACAACGUUCUAUCCUCCUGAAAGUCCACUGCAGUGGACUUUUUUUUUGCAUUAACAGGAAUUAUCUUUCCCCAAAAAAAGAAAUGGACCAUAAACAAAUGUCCACUCCAGAGGGCGCUGGUUCUCAGGAAUUUCCAAAAUAAGACUAAUAGUGUGAUCCUUAGGUCCGGGGCCUACAAAAUAAAUGAAACAUGGAACAAAACCUAUUUAUGUCCUAUUCAUAUAUAUAUAUAUAUAUAUAUAUAUAUAUAUAUAUAUAUAUGUAUGCAUGUAUGUGUAGAGUAUAUAUAUACACACACAUAGAGUAUAAGGGCAUACAAAUAUAAUAUUUAAAGAGAUCUUUGAAAGCCUUGUUGCCAAGUAUAGAUGUCAGAAAUGUAUUGUCAAUAUUCACCAGCUUUGGGAUCAUCUUAAGAGGUAUUUCCAAAUAUUCUUAAUAUCUUAAAAGUUUUGAGGCUGUCACUUGGCAAGUUUCAACUACCUGAGAUCAGGCCACUGGAUCAUGUUGUGUGCUUCAUGAUCCAGUUUGUAGUGGUCGGAAUUCUUGCAAGUUGGUAGAGGAUUAAAUGUCACCUGUUAAAUACAAAUUAAUGUGUAACUUUUAUUUAAUGUUUUUGUUGUUGAUGUUCUCUCUCUGUUUGUGUCUUCAUAAGGAGGUAAACAGUAUUUCCCACACUGUACGUAACUUUUUUGGGCUGUCCUCCUGCAAACUUAAGUCCCAAGGUAACUGGUAUCCAUCAUGCCUCUCGUCAGGUGACGUCUAAUUAAUGUGAGAAAAUUACUCACAAGUCAACCCUGACUUCCUUUUCAUCCACUUUUUGAUUAUUGUCACAUUCCACGGAAGGUGAACUUUGAGAUGUUUUUGAUGUUUUUUUUCUUUUGUGAACUGCUACAUUUUUGGCUGCCGGCAAUGGGGAGGGACGGCCUUUUGACAGCUGCGAUCGUCAUUACAUAACGAGCAAACCAUAAAGUUUACCGAACCCUCAGCAAGUAUUUUGGACUUCAAUCAAGUGACGAGGGCGUUGUCAUUCGUGUCACCUCAUUUUGUCAUUUAGGUAUGAGGAUGCAUCGUGUAAUUCAACCUUUAACGAGGACAAGCCUCUGUGCUACAGUUGCUUUUAAACCAGGUGUGUUCAAAGUGUCUCACACCUUAUUUAUCGGCCCGCGUCACUUUGUAGAAUUAGAAUUACAAUUCAAUAUAAAAAUGUAAAAAAAAAAUAAAUAAAAAAAUCUAAACAGUUGAAAUGUUGAUACGCCAACCCUAUUAGUAAUAAUAACAAUACAUGGAAAUAUUAGAGACGCAUUUCCGAUUCUUGAAGAUUCCAUUCAAAAUCCAUUCUCGAUUUAACACCAUUCUCAUUUUAUAUUAUUUGGUAUAUAAAUGAUAAUAAAACCUUUACAAGACACGUUUAAAAAGCUCCUCUUUGCUGCUGACAUACAACUUAUUUGUGCAAUGUUGGCCUAAAAGGGUUGUUUUUUUUAAUGCAUUUUCUACAUUUUAUUUACAAAAAUCAUUCUAAUACAGGAGUGUCAAACGUACGGCCCGACGGCCGGAUCAGGCCUGCGAACAUGGUUUAUCUGGCCCGCGGGAUGAGUUUGCUAAGUAUAAAAAUUAACCUGAAAUGUUGUUCUAAAAGUGUCCACUAGAUGUCGCAAUAUCAAUUCUUUGUAUCUUUGUAGAUGAUGCCACAUAUGUACAAAAUAAACCACAUGUUAGUACAUCAGUCGAGGAAAAUGAUCAAACUACAUAAAUAACAUCCUGUCAUUUCAUUUUGAUAUAUUUUUUUAUCUUGAUAGAUUGAAAAUCAACUUCAAUGAGUUGACUGAUGAACAUUAUCACAUCAUUUAUUCAGAAAAAACAAGAAAUUAAGUAUGUAUACUAUUAACUGCGACAGGUAAUUGUAAAAAAACAACAACAACAAUAUGAUUUGCACAAUUUCAGAAUGUGCUAUUUUUAAACAAAGAAAACAGUCUGAAGUUGUCUUUAUUUUUAAGUUAUCGUGCCAGGAUUUUACCAGUUCGGCCCACUUAGGAGUAGAUUUUUCUCCACGUGGCCCCCGAUCUAAAAAGAGUUUGACACCCCUGCUCUAAUAAUAUAAAAAAAAGGAGUAAUUCCAACCUAUACCCGGAUUUAGAAAUCCACACAGCAAUAGAGGAGACAUAUUCCUAUUAAAUAUAAUACCAACAAAAAUGAAGAAAAGCACCUGUAUCGAUAAAUAUAAUGAUAUUGUCAUUUGCAGUUGUUACUCCAAAAAUGUAUUCUUAAAAAGCAAAAAUGUAUAUAUAUAUUUUUUGUUUACAAUGAUUCUCAAAAAUUAUAAAUUGAUUUACAAUCGGAGUAUUUGGAAGUGAGUUGCUAUUUUUAAAUGCCCCAUUCCUGCGACAGAAUUUGACAGAGCACACCAAGGACGUAUAAAAUACAGCAAUACCUUGCAAGUGAGGGAGAGACAGGCUUAUUGGGAGGAGGAAGUCCCAGUAAUGAGACCAAGACAACGCUUACCGAAAUUACUAUAAAAAAAAUACCUAAAUAUAAGACGCACCCAUCUAAUUUUUUGGCCCUGUUUAUUGUGUGCAUAUAAAAGCCACAGGUGUACACAUUGAAAUAUGAAAUGUUCCCCAAAAGUCGCUGCUUGUUACCCGGCACACAGGACCCUGGAAAAGUCAUUAUGAGCACCGAAACAGCUGAUAUCGAUAUAUCGUCUCAUCCAACAUAUUCAGCCUUUUUGUCCGGAGGAAAAUUCUUCAAAAGUCGUCUUUGAUUUUUGAAAUUUCAGACAUAGACAAACUUUAUUUAUCCACAAGGGAAAUUGUUCAAUUCAGUAGCUCAGUUUCACAAGAUUGAAAGGUUAAGGAUGGAAAGGAUAAUGCAGGUAUAGAAUAGAAAUGUAUGGAACUCUCCUUAAGGAAUCAAUAAAGUUCUAUCUAUCUACCAUAGUAGCAAUAGUAGCAUAGAAACAUUAUAAAAUAAAACAAAUACAACAUAUAUGUAAUAUAUGUAAUAUUUACAUAUUAUAUACACAGUAUAUAAAUAUAUAAUCUGUUGGCUGUGCAAAUCUUGUGAAACAAAACAAUAAUAAUCCCCAAAUGAGCCACGUCAUUUUAUAAGCCGCAGGGAUCAAAGCGUGUGAAAAAAGUUUGACAAUGACAGUAAUCAUCAACUUCUAAAGGCCUUAGUGGCCACGUGGGUGGACAGCACCUUUUAGCUCUUAUUUCCAAAAUUGUGUAUGCUACUGAAAUGGGGUCUUAUGCCGACAUAUGCAGUGGUCCCCAACCACUCAUUUCCGGUGUGGUUGUUUCCGAUUGGUACCGGGCCGCAGAAUAAUUUUUUAUUUAUAUUUUUUUUAUUAAAUCAACAUAAAAAACACAAUAUACACUUACAAUUAGUGCACCAACCACAAAAACCUCCCUUUUUCAUGACAAAAAUGUCCCUUUUUCAUGACAAAGAAGAAAAAAUAAAAAAGGACCCCCCCCCCCCCCCCAGAAGAGUCAGAAGAGUAUAACUUACAAUGGAAUUUGAAAAAAAAAGUGUAAAAAUACAAAUUUGCAUGUCACUACACAUGAAGUACACAUUUGUGUACUUAUGGACUAAGUACAUCAUAUCAAAAGAUGAUUUUUAGAUUUUAUUCUAAUUAGGGUCCAAAAAUCCCAAAUAGCAAAGAGAAAUAAAGUAUGUAAACAAAGAGCUUGGGCAUUAAGAGGUUAAAGACCGUUUGGCACGUUCAUCCUUGAUGAUGGCCACUGCGUCCGUGCGCUUUCGCUUCAUUCGUCUUUCCUUUUCUUUGACUAAGGGAAAAACUUAAAAGGUGUAAAGCCACAUUUUUGUCUCAGGGUAGCGACGCGCGACUACGUAUCCUUCUGCCGCACGCAUUUUCCUUACUGACCAUUUAUAGGCGUGCGUCAUAACCAAGAAACAUGGUGACAUGAGGACCGCCUGUGCACGACUUUUGGUUUUAGCCUGUUUACGACACGUAUAAAAAUGCCCCCCCGUAAACCUUGAUUUCUCGCUGUGCAUUUGGACACCCCUGGUUUGAACAGCAACAAUUAUAUUACAUUUAUUAGUAAGAAUGUGACGACAGAACGUCAUUGUACCAUUCAUUUUUCUGGCGUACAGUACAGGCCAAAAGUUUGGACUCAACUUCUCAUUCAACGUGUUUUCUUUAUUUUCAUGACUGUUUACAUUGUAGAUUGUCACUGAAGGCAUCAAAAAUGUGAAUGUGGAGUUAUGUACUUAACAAAAAAAAAAGUGAAAUGACUGAAAACAUGUUUUGUGUUCUAGUUUCUUCAAAAUAGCCACCCUUUGCUCUGGUUACUGCUUUGCACACUCAUAGGAUUCUCUCCAUGAGCUUCAAGCACACCUGUGAAGUGAAAACCAUUUCAAAAGUUUGGACACACCUUCCUAUUUCAAUGUAUUUUCUUUAUUUGCAUGACUAUUUACAUUGUAGAUUGUCACUGAAGGCAUCAAAACUAUGACACCUGUGAAGUGAAAACCCUUUCAGGCUUGAACCUCAUAGAGAGAAUGCCAAGAGUGUGCAAAAAAGUAAUCAGAGCAAAGGGUGGAUAUUUUGAAGGAAGUAGAAUAUAGAAGAUGUUUUUAGUUUUUGCCCCUUUUUUUGUCAAGUACAUAACUCCACAUGUGUUCAUUCAUAGUUUUGAUGCCUUCAGUGACUAUCUACGAUUUAAAUUGUCAUGAAAAUAAAGAAAACGCAUUGAAUGAGGAGAAGGUGUGUCCAAACUUUUGGCUUGUAGGACAAAAUUUCAAAUUGUACGAUGGCUAUAUUCUCCUCGUGGAGACAACUCACUUUUACACAAUCCUUUGAAUGCAGCCCAAAAUGCACAACAACAAUAAAUGGUGCAAAAAUAUUUGAAUAGAAAAUGUUGUAUAUGGACUUGCUAUAUAUAUUAUAUUAUUGCCUCUUAUUUAUAUUUUUUGGAUCAAUUUGAGAUCGAAUGAGGCAGAACUGUCGAAAUAAAACAUUUGACUUGA